AUGAGCAGAGAGCACAAUAUUACACAUCUGUUCAAUUUAUCUGCCCACCCAUUACUCUGCCCACCAAUUACCUUGCCCACCCAUUACCCUGUCCACCCAUUACCUUGCCCACCCAUUACCUCGUCCACCCAUUACCCUGCUCACCGAUUACCCUGCCCACCCAUUACCCUGCCCACUAGCCGGCUUAUCUGUCCACCCAUCACCCUGCCCACCCAUCACCCUGCCCACCAGCCUGAUUAUCUCUCCACCCAUUACGCUGCCCACCAAUUACCAUGCCCACCCAGUACUCUGUCCACCCAUCACUCUGUCCACCCAUUACCCUGCCCACCCAUUACUCUGCCUACCCUUUACCCUGCUCACCAACCUGCUUACCUGUCCACCCAUCACCCUGCCAACCCAUUACUAGCCCACCAGCUUGCUUAUCUGUCCAUUUAUUACCUGCCCACCCAUUACCCUGCCACCAACCCGCUUAUCUGUCCGCCUAUUACCCUGCCCACCCAUUACCCUUCCCACCAAUUACCCUGCUCACUAGUCUGCUUAUCUCUGCACCCAUUACUCUGCCUGCCCAUUACCCUGUCCACCUAUUACCCUGCCCACCCAUUACCCUUCCCACCAAUUACCCCGCCCACUAGUCUGCUUAUCUCUCCACCCAUUACUCUGCCUGCCCAUUACCCUGUCCACCCAUUACCCUGUCCACCCAUUGCCGUCCACCCGUUACCCUGCCUACCAAUUACCUUGCCCACCCAUUACUUUGUCCACACAUUACCCUGCCCACCAGCCUGCUUAUAUAUCCAACUAUUACCCUGCCCACCCAUGACCCUGCCCACCCAUUACCCUGCUUAUCUGUCCACCUAUUACCCUGCCCACCCAUUACUCUGCCCACCCAUUACUUUGCCCACCAACCUGCCUAUCUGUCCACCUAUUACCCUGCCCACCAACCUGCUUAUCUGUCCACCUAUUACCCUGCCCACCAACCUGCCUAUCUGCCUGCCCAUUACCCUACCCACCCGCCUGCUUCCCACCACCACCCUGCUCAUCAAUUACACUGCCCACGUGUCUGCCUUGCCCAGCCUGCUCAUCUGCCCACCCAUCACCCUGUUUACCUGCCGGUCUCCCACCAGCCCACCCGCCCAUUACCCUACCAAUCUGCCUGUGUCCCACCAGCUUGUCCGCCUAUUAGACUGCCUGCCUCCCUGCCACCAUUCUGCUCAUCUAUCCACUCAUCACCCUGUUCACCCACCAGCCUGCCCACCCAUUACCCUAUCUGCCUGUAUCCCACCAGCUUGUCCACCCAUUAAACUGCCUGCCUCCCUGCCUCCCUGCCACCAUUCUGCUCAUCUGCCCAUCUCUCCCACCAGUCUGCCCACCCAUUACCCUGUGUAUCAGCCUACCCAUCCAUUACCCUACCCACCUGCCUGUCUCCCACCAGCUUGUUCACCCAUUACAUCGUUCGCCUGCUCAUCUGGCCACCCAUCACCCUGUCCACCUGCCUGUCUCCCACCAGUCUGCCCACCUAUUACCCUGUCUAACAGCCUGCGCUCGGUUGUUUAA